CAUGAUACUACACUGGCGGCACUGAUGUGUACUUUGGACGCCAAACAAAGAAUAUUAACUGAUGGUGGUUAUCCGCAGUACUCAUCUGCCAUACUCUUCGAACUGUGGAACACGAGUUGUCUUAAUCACACGAAAGAUGGCUACUGCAAUUAUCGGCAAUUCCGCAACGGUGGUAUCGACUACUAUCCAGGAAACGAAUAUAAGCUCUGUCAAGAUACCGAAUCUAAGAAUACAGCGUUCAACCCGGACGAUCCUGAACCGCCAACACCAAAACCAGGUGCAGCCUCAGUUGUUUCCACGCGACUAGCCCUCAUAAUUGUUUUAAUUUUUUUAUUUUGCAACGACAGGGAAAAAUUUUGA